AUCAUUGGCUUCGAGUCUAUAUACAUAUCUCUUGGUAUAUUUCGUUAAUGAAAACGAUUAAGAAUAUAUAUCAGGAAGAUGAGUUACAUUCACAUCCCUCAUAAACAACUUCUUGAACACAGAGCUCUUUUCCAAAUCCUGCAAACACAUGCCAUAGAGCAACCAAAUAAGGAAGCCAUUGUAUUCCGCGAUGAGAAACUCAACAGAGUUUCACUCAGAUUUCAAGAGUGUGACAGCAAGUCCAGACUCCUCGCGGCUGGGUUACUUGAGAUAGGCAUGGAACGAGGAGAUAGAGUUCUAGUGCUUCUUCCAUCGUAUUUAGAGUUUGUUCUCUUCCAUCUGGCCUUGAAUAGGAUUGGUGCGAUCAUGCUAGUUCACGAAGAAAAUCGCUAUUCGGCGGUUUUUGGUACUUCACAACUCGCUUGCGUCAUCGCUCGAGUUGCUCCAACUGUCGUCAACAAUGACAAAGUUAUCAGUGAAAUCAAAAACGCUCUACACCAGAAUGUGCUCAAGGCUGCAAUACUAGUAGGCUCUGAUGCUGAUGCAGAUCUUCUCGAUCACCCAAAAGCUUACACUUAUCAAAAAAUGUACACAAUGGCCAAUAGCAACCCACAAAGUAAAGCAAAUGUCCAAAAUGCAGAAGCCAAGGUCCAAAUGGAUGAUCCAUGUUUGGUUCUUUUCACAUCAGGAACGACAUCACUUCCAAAACCAAUCGAAAUCACACACCAUUGUUAUGUCAACGGAAUCCUGGCAACUGCCGAUACCCUGGAAAUUACACGAAAAGCAAUACAUUUCAAUGACUUCCCAUUUGCUUGGAUUGCGGGAAUCGUGGAAGGCAUCGGCACGUGUAUUGUUAUUGGUCUCACCUACAUUGCUUUUCCACCUCAGUGUGCCAUUUCUGGUCAACAUACAAUGACCAUGAUGAAGAUAAUCGAGGAAGAGUCCGUCACUCAUGUUUACGUUUUGCUUAACGUGCUGCACGAAAUCGUGUCUCAUAAGAAAGAAAUCAUCGCAAUGAAUCUAAAGAAUUUGAAGUUCAUAAGUACGGGAGGGCAACAUACUCCGCUUCCUCUUGUAAAGACCAUGUUUGACAUAUGGCCGGAUGUUCAACUUUUGAAUAUCUAUGGAACGACUGAAGUAGUCUCCAUUGCGGUGCAGAAAAUUACCAGAGAAAGUUUGGAUUCUCACGACUAUGGAAUAAUGAGAGUCGUUCCUGGUUUGGAAAUAAAGAUCGUGAAUGAAGAAGGUGAACUAUUGCCUACUGGUGAACGAGGAGACAUUUGUCUGCGUUCAGCCUGGGUUUCGUUCUGCAACUGGGACUACACAAACCCUGAUCUACUAAAAGGCCGAGUAGAUGGCAAAAAGAUAUCCAGGGGGUGGCAUUCUUCUAAAGAUGCUGGAGUUGUUGUCAAUCAAAAUUGCAUCAGAUUAUAUGGUCGACUUAAAUUCAUGAUCAAAGUUGCUGGCGAAUCCAUUCCACCAGUUUUUGUUGAGAGUAAGUUACAAGAACACCCCGAUGUCAAGAAAGUGUGCGUUGUUGGAGUUCCUGACGAGCGAUUGUACCACAAGAUAUGUGCAUGUGUUAUACUCGAACAUGGUCACCAUGACAACAUCCAUGACUUGACGGACCAAUUGGACCAAUGGAGUAAUGAUAAAUUCUGGGGGUCUUCCAGCGGGCUUAAUAUUAAGCCUCACUACUAUAUCUUCCUCGAUAGUUUUCCCGUGACUCGAACGGGUAAAGUAAGUCGUAGAGAAGUGAGAAGUAUUGCUAUAAAGGAUUUAGGGUUAAUCUAAUAAGGAUUGAGAUAGCCUACUGAGUCUAUAUCUUUUGGUAAGACUUAAUAAACUAAAUAUAAAAACAAAAKCAAUAACAAGAAAGAUCCACUUAGUUACUACAAUAUAUCUUUGAACUUUAUUUAUGAGAUUUUUAAAAUUAAAUUGAAUUUAAAAUUUUUAUUCAAUAAUCCAGG